AAAAAUGCCAGGGCUUAUUUUAAAUCUCAGUCCGGACCUGGUGGGGUGUGUGGGGGGUAAUAGCCAUGUUGGGCCUUGCAUACCCCAAUCAGUUUCGUAUCUGCUCACUGAUGUGGCCCUCAAUCUAACGUUAGCACAUUAGCAAUUAUGAUCCAAUCGUGUGCCCAAAGGCCAAACAAUCAUUUGACCCAUUAUUUCCAACCUAAAGGUGGACAUAUCAAUUAAAGACCAACUGGAUCUUAUAAUGUCACUUUUGGGCUGACUCCCUGUCACACUGCAAGAUCACAGGUUCCAUAGAAAUCAAGAGGUGUUCUUAUGGUACUGCUAGUGUUUUGGCUGCUUAGUCAGUCCGUCCCCUUCAGGCUCUUGUGCAGCAGAGCAGGGUGUGAUUCCUGUUAGUGAGCAGAAAGCAAAAGUAGAGCGAGAGCCCCACAUCCUCCUCCUCCCUGUGAGUCACACGCCAGGGCCAGUCCUUCCGCACUCCGGCUUUUCCCUCCGCCCGAGAGUAGCUGAGGGCUCUGCGAGUCCCUUUUUUUCUUGUUGUGUUUCUGUUACUCAUCGCCAUCUUGUUGCAACCCUUUUCUUGUCUGGAGGAUCCGUGGGGGGGAACCUGGGUUGGAUUUAUUUUUUCCCCCAUUGCAUUUCAUUGAUUCAGUCACAUUUUCCCCGACUCUGGGAGGGUGAGGAGAUCCGCGCUGAUAUCCUCCGCUUGUGGAUCUUUUUAUUUUGUCGGACUGGAGGGGGGAGAUACAAUCAAAGCGGAAGAUUUUGGGGGAUCAUUGUGGGAGCUGCUGAGAAAUGAGCCUGGAGACACUGUUGCAAGCAGCCCUGUUCCUGGAAUGGCAAGCCCAGCAGCAACAGCAGAGGACACGUGAGGAAAAUGACAAGAUUUUGGUGGAACAAGAGGAAGAAGAGGAGGAGGAAGAAGAAGAGGAAGAGAAUAAAAGUGUAUUGAGAACUGAAGAACAUAUAAAUCAACUCCCACCUGAUCCUGUAGCUCCCCCAGCUCCUGCACCUCCACCUCCACCACCACCUCCCCCAUCUGCCCCUGUAACUGUCAUCCCCCUACCUGUAGUAAGCUGCACUCCUCAGCCAGUAGUUCAGACAACAGUGUCACCUCCUGUUCUACAGCGCCAUGCACCUGUUGUCAGUCCUCCUGUCCUCAACAAAGAAGUGUCCCUGCCACCUGUCAUUCAGCGGCCACCAAGCACAGUGCUACCUGAAAUCAAAACCACCCCUCUGAACAUGGGAAGCCCCAAGCCAUUACACCAUUACCAAGCUCCCGUACUGGCCAUUACACAUCAUCACCUUAUGCAACAGCAACAACAGCAGCCUAUACAGCCUCAGCCUACAUCUCUACAGCCUCAGCAACAGCCCCAUCCUCAACCCCUGGGUGCCCUCAGACUUCCAGUAACAGAUGAUGGAAGGUCCAAUGAGCAGCGGCGGAGACCUGGAGGACGAGCACACCUUAAAGAAUGUUUUGAGACUCUAAAGAGGAACAUCCCUAAUGUAGAUGACAAAAAGACCUCCAACCUCAGUGUAUUAAGGAGUGCCCUGCGAUAUAUACAGAGUUUGAAGAGGAAAGAAAAAGAAUAUGAGCAUGAAAUGGAGCGCUUAGCAAGGGAGAAGAUUGCCACACAACAGCGGCUAGCGGAUCUGAAGAAUGAUCUUAGUCAGUGGAUGGACAUCAUUGAGAUUGAUCGAAUUGUUCGACAGACCGUUCAGCCAGAGGAUGACCAAGCCUCUACCUCGACAGCCUCAGAAGGUGAAGACAAUAUUGACGAAGAUAUGGAUGACGACAGGCCAGUAAAUGCACUGUCAAAACGUCAGCAGCCUGGUCUUAUAAAGAUGAUACCAUCAAGUGCAGCAGUCCACAACCACCAUUCCACGAUUCUGCCUCAACAUGUGUCCAUUCAGCAGAAACAAGUCCCUUCACCCCACACACAGCCUCAGAUCUCCAGUCAAGCACUGGUUCCAACACAGGCUAUGGUUCCAGCACAGACUCAUAUUGUGACUGCUUCUGCGGUGCAGUCGACAGUGAUAGCUCAUACGGCCACUACUCAUGCGUCUGUCAUUCAGACUCUCAAUCAUGUCAUAUCAGGGCCACAGACCAAGCACAUUGCUCAUAUUGCACCUUCCACGUCAAGCCCUGUACAGCUAACCACUGCUGCUCAGCCAAUUGGCCACAUCACUGUGCACCCAGCAACCAUUAAUCACAUGACGCAUCUGGGCCAGCAAUUACCCAUUUAUCCUCAACCAGUUGCAGUAAGUCAACCCAUGAUGAGCCACAUUGCUCACACCAUCUCUCACCCACAAGUUAAUGGAACCACAAACCUGGGUCAACCGGCUGUCAUGACAAAGCCAACUGUGGGGACCCAAAUGGUCCACCAUCCCCAGUUAGUUGGGCAAACAGUCCUAAACCCUGUGACUAUGGUAACCAUGCCAUCAUUUCCAGUCAGCACUUUGAAGCUAGCCUAGAUCUCAAAUUAAUAAAGUAAGAAUUAAUUAACUAAGUAAAUUAUCUGGCGGGCAACUCCUCCUGAAACUCCAAACAUUCCUACCAAGUCAUGUUCCAAGGAAGAGAAGUGCAGACAUUCUGUAAUAAGGGUUUUAACCCACAAUGUAAUUGGCUUUUGGAAAAAGGCUCAUUCCCAAAGUCCUCCUCUUUGACAAACAUUAAAGGGCCAAGUGCGCUGGAAUUUUUAUGGUUCUUCAUUGUCUCAUUGGCAGCCACUUGUGGUGACUUCUCAUUUUUCUCCUUUUUACUUGUAAUCAGUAAAUAUGAAAUGGGACAUUUAUUUCUUUUACCCAACAUAAACUUUUAAUAUUUUUUUUUGUUAUUUUUUUAACAUGUUUCUUUGUAGAAUACAAAUUGAUGACCUCUUAAAGAAAUAAGGCAUGAAGUGGGUAACGUAUGCAUAGUGUUGUUGUACAUCUUCAUAACCGUAACAGCUGCAGGGAACAUUUACCAAUAAAAAGAAACAUUGCCACCAUCUUUGUUGUGGUAGCCUAAGCAAACAGUUGAUGUGAGCAUGAUAACACAGAAAAAAAACCGCAAACAAUUUACAGACGUUUGUGGUAGUAAGUGGAGUGUUGCAGAAAAAAAGUGGUCUGUGACAUGGCGUGGUGGACCAAUACAUUAUUCCCUUUUAUAGAAUGUUUUAUGGAAAGGAUGAACAUAUUGACUCUGAGAAAAAGAAAAAAAACUUCCUUCAAUUGUGGAUAUUCAAACUGUGGCCUUCCAGCUGUUGUUUAAAUAAAACUCCACAUUAUUCUUUUGUGAGUUGCUGGGAGUUGUGGCUCAGUAAGAGCUGGAGGGCUGAAGGUUGACUGUCUUUAUUUUACUCUGUGAGUAUUAAUUGCUAGAGCAUUAUUAAGAGGGUUUAGAUGAAAUCCUUUUGCUCUAGAGGGUUGGGCACAACUAAUACAUGCAUGCUUAUGCCUAGUCUACAUCAUAUAUAUAAACAUAUAUCCCCUCCUGGGGUUUCAGAGGAUACUAGAAGACUCCUUCUGCCUGUUUCAUUACUUUGUCAUAAAACCUUAUUGUUAUACUCAGAUCCACAUAUAUGACUUAUUAGAAAGAAUAUUAUAUCCCAAUAUAUUUUGGCUAUCAUAAUGCAUAGUUUGCAGUAUCCCUUUGCCAUACUCAAGUGACCAGUGGCCAUCCUAAUGUAAAAUAUCAUGAUGCGUCCCCAACACUGGGGUAUUAAUAAGCUGGGGUAUUAAAUGAAAAGUCUUAUGUACUGUGCUCCAUGUCUCCUUUACCCCUCUUUCACCAUUUAAAUAAAAAUAAUAUAUUUUUUUAAUGAUGUCUGGUAUUCAUACUGAAUAUGCUAUCAAUAUGGAGCAUGCAGAAACAUCAGUUAUCAGCUAUAACAGUGUAUCUGGCAGGCCUGGGUUUUACAUAGGUCUGACUGAUGCCCUGUUCAGUGACACUCUUGGAAACCAAGCAAUGUUUUUGUUUAGUGCUCGACUCACUUGCAAACUACCCUUAUGCUGUAAUGCCAAUCAAAAGCAAGUGGCUGUGAUCAGUCCACUAAUUUUUUGAGCUGGAAGACUCCCACAGUUUAUUAUAUUAGGACACUGUGUAUUAAAUGGCACAUGCAAAAGGUUGUCAAGGGAUGACGUCAGCUAGUGUGUUUUACAUUGGUGGCCAGUGGUUACAAAGAUAAUUUUAUCCUUCAUCCCUUUAUCAAUUUUAACACACAUCUUGAUGUGCAGUCCUUUUAUAAAGAUGUGUAUAUUGUGGCUUAAGUAUUAUACUAAUUUAUAGGAAAGCAAGGAGUGUUUGAUGUUGAAACGUAAUGGGGAAUUUAAUGAAAGGUGCAAAGUUUGCUACAGGUCUAAUCACCAAGAGCAACCAGUCGGCAAGUUGCAUUUACUGUUUUAAAAUAACAAUCUUAUUGGUUGCUAUGGACUACUAUACCUGGGGAAACUUAGUGCCUUUUAUUACAUAUGGGGGAAUUAUCCUUUAUCUCAUGUUCAGCAAAGAUCUUUAUGGAAAUUUGGAUCUAUCACCCAUGCCCAUAGGAAUAAAUAGGAAAGGAAUUUUUGUAUAUUAUCACGCAGACUUAGUCCAUGAUUCUAUCUUGCUCCAUCAUAUGUUACCAUUUUCCCACGUGAAAAUAUAUUUUUGUUAUGGUGGAGUGUACUGUUGUAAAUGGUUGCUGAAAGACGAUGAGAUGAAUAGACUGAUAUUCUCUUUGGAAUCACCAGAUUGAAAGCUGGGAAGCAUAAAAUUCUAACUACAAGCACUGAAAAUUCUUUUUUUUUUUUAAAGUGGAAGAAUUGUAUCAUCAUACCAUUUUUGGAAAGAUUCUUAUUUAUUUAUUGUUAUUUCUAUUUGAUUCCAAAAAAGUUGAUUUUUUCUUUCUUUCUUUCAAUGCCUGUUAAUUUUUAUUGAGAUUUUGCUUUUUAAAAAUGCAUUUUUUGUCCCACUCAGUUUGCUCUUUAGACACUUUUUUUCUGAUUAGAUAUCAAUGACUAAAAGUAUAUCACAAUCCCCUGUACAAAACAUUGACUUUUUUUUCUUUUUCAAAGCUAUAAUCCUCAUGUUCUUCAGGUUUAUUAUAAGGCGCUAACUAAAAUAAAUUCCAAUUAAAACUCAAAGCAUACCAGUAUCUUCAUUAUAAAGAUAUAAUAAUCGAGAAACUUUUGAUUUGCUGGUAAUGGGGCCUGACAUUUCCUGAUUUCGUUUUAUUGAUCUGCAUAUUCAAUGUCCAUCUAUAAACAUUCUCAGUCUUAUGGGCCUGAGGCCAGCUUACUCAUUUAUGAAUGGGAAGCAAGCUGCUGCUUAAGAUAUAAUGAACUGGCUAGGCUAGCUUAGCUUUUUUUGUAUGAGGUUUGUUUUGUUAUUGGUUAGGUUUCUUGAUAAUUGUGACCAGGCUGAGUAGUACAAUCAUCAUAACUGCCAAAAAGACAAAAGAGAACUGCAAAAGAGCCUAGUCACCACUAUGUGACCCAACUGUUCAAUUACUCAGUAAUCUCAAUGUGCAGCCUGCAACCUUUUCUCCAUUAUGAUUUCCCUGUGUUUGCACUGGGCCAGACAAACUAUCUUGCCCGAAGUCACUGACACAAGUAGCUGUAUGCAUGUUAGCAGGGGGUUGGCAUUGGGCAUGGCAGCCAGGUUAUUACCCAAAUAAUGUUGCAUUUUCCCUCCAGAAGUUACACCUUAGCUGGAAAUGUCAUUGCUUCCCAUUUCUAAUUUGUUUCUUUCCCUUUGGAGUGUCCUAUAGCUAAUUAUCAACCAUUUGGAAUGAAUCCGUAGGUUAAUGUGUGCAUCCUUUCUGUGUCAUUCAACAUCCGCUUUACCGGUAUUUAAACUAGUAUCAAAUAAUGCAAUUCACAUUUCAGUUCCACUUGUAUGUUAAUCAUGAAGUCACUUCUUAGUUUCUGAUUAGCAAUUUUUACAUUUUAACGCCAAAAAAAAAAUUUAGUUUAUUUUUUCAUUGAAAAACCAUAACUAGAUAUUAUCCAUUUACAUAUGUGUGUAUAUACAUAUGUAUGUAAAAAUAUAGGCUAUUUAUUUAUAGGUAUAAAUAUAUUUUGUUAAACAUUCCUGUGUAUCGUUGUUCCAGAAUACAAUCACUGUGAUUUUGUUCUAAUGAUAUUCGAGAAACAUUACUGUCAAUAAAAUAGUGGGCGCCAGGGUAAUCACUGCUAUGAAUUUA